AAUAACAUCAAUUCUCUUUUUGCCAUUGUUCUAUCAUGUCUUACGGUGGUCCGUCGAUGAACCCACCGGCUAUGAUUGGCGCGGUUCCUGGAGGUUCUAGUAAUCUGAAGCAGGUGAAGCUGGACAGAGAAAGCGAGCUAAGAAUCGAAGUCUCUGACGAGCCUCUUAGACUCCGUGUGGUUAACGGGACUGCUGAGAUCUUCGGCGCUGAGCUGCCUCCUGAGAUCUGGCGUACCUUUCCUCCUCGCCUCAAAUUUGCGGUUUUCACUUGGUAUGGAGCCACAAUUGAGAUGGAUGGUGUCACUGAAACAGACUAUACAGCAGAUGAGACACCAAUGGUCAGCUACGUUAAUGUGCACGCCAUACUUGAUGCAAGGAGACGUUUUGCCAAAGCUUCCACAUCUACCGACUCUGAUUCUCCUCAGGGACCUAGAGUCAUUGUAGUAGGGCCUACGGAUUCAGGAAAGAGCACAUUGACUAAGAUGCUUAUUAGUUGGGCAGCCAAACAAGGAUGGAAGCCUACAUUUGUAGACCUUGAUGUUGGCCAAGGCUCCAUUACAAUACCUGGUUCUAUUGCUGCUACACCUAUAGAGAUGCCGCUUGAUCCUGUUGAAGGGUUUCCUCUAGAUAUGGCUCUCGUCUACUACUACGGUCACACCACACCAGCUAACAACGUUGAACUAUACAAAACUAUGGUGAAGGAGCUUGCACAAGUGCUGGAGAGACAGUUUCUUGGAAACCCUGAGUCUCGAGCUGCUGGUAUGGUGAUCAACACAAUGGGAUGGAUCGAUGGUAUCGGUUAUGAGCUGCUUCUCCACGCAAUUGAAACAUUCAACGCCUCGGUUGUACUUGUCUUGGGUCAAGAAAAGCUCUUCAGCAUGCUUAAAGACGUGCUGAAGAGUAAGAGCAAUGUGGACGUUGUGAAGCUUCACAAGUCAGGUGGAGUUGUGGCUAGGAACCGUGACUACCGUAAAGUAGCGAGAAGCUCUAGGAUUCAGGAGUAUUUCUACGGUCUAUCGAAAGAACUCUCUCCUUAUGCCAACACAUCUAGCUUCAGUGAUGUGCAAGUGUUCCGCAUUGGUGGUGGACCGCAAGCUCCAAGGUCAGCUCUUCCAAUAGGGUCUGAUCCUGUUUCUAAUCCGUUGAGGGUGACGCCUGUAAAUAUUGAAGAGAGGGAUCUGCUGCAUUCUAUCCUCGCUGUCUCAUAUGCAGAAGAACCGGACCAGAUUGUCUCUAGCAAUGUUUCAGGGUUUGUGUAUGUGACUGAGGUUGAUGUGCUGAGGAAGAAGAUAACGUAUUUAGCACCAUCGCCAGGGGCAUUGCCUAGCAAGAUCUUGGUCGCUGGAUCUUUGACAUGGCUUGAGAGUCAUUAGAAGCAAGAUGAUGAUUAGAUUAGAGAAGAGUGAGCCAUCUUGUCUGUUAAGAGAGUGAUGCCUACAGCUCAAAUUCUCUAUGUAACUUUAACUACAGAUGGGUCCUUUUCUAUAUAACAAUGUUCAAUGUUCUAAGUUUGAAAAAAUUGUUGUUGUGGAUUA